AUUUACGUUGUUAUUACAAGUGCAGUGUGUUAUAUUAUUAUUUCCUUGUGUAAAUAAUGUAUUUUUAAUAAUUGAUAAAAUAAUUAGUCUUGUUAUAUCUAGGUAUUCAAUAUGAAUCGUUUAUCACUUUUUAAAAGAUUCUCUUCAGCCCUAAAUGGCUCAAAUAAGAUCAUAUUAGAACAAUUAUCCCACCGUGAAAUUGUUCAAGUAAAAGGUCCAGAAGUAGCCCAAUUCAUGCAAGGCUUAAUAACAAAUGACAUCAAUCAUCUCGCUGAAGGACAUAUGCCCAGUAUGUAUACAAUGUUUUUAAAUACCAGAGGCAGAGUUAUGUACGAUGGAAUUGUGUACAGCACCCAAAACCCUGACACAUACCUCAUUGAAUGUGAUUCAGAAAGCGCUCAAAUCCUUCAAAAACAUUUGAAAAUGUAUAGAAUAAGACGUAAAAUAGAUGUUGAAGCUCUUGGAUCUGAAUACAAAAUAUGGGUGCUAUUUGAUAAGACAAGUGUGAAUGAAUUAUCAAAACCCUUAACAAUUUUGCGACAGCAAUUUGCAUGCCCUUGUGCUGAUCCAAAAGAACCUGUAUCGAAACAACAUGAAUUUCAUGUUGUCAGAGAUCCAAGACUGGCAGCUUUAGGAUUGAGAUUUAUAACACAAAAGAAUUACAAUAAUAAAGAUAUUACAAAAAUAUUAGGGUUACCUGAAGAUGCAACAAAUAAACCUGAAUGCACUUACCGUAUGCAUAGAUAUCGCUUAGGUAUUGGAGAAGGAUGCAAAGACUUACCUCCUGAGUCAUGUUUCCCUUUAGAAGCCAAUGGAGAUUAUUUACACGCUGUUAGUUUUAACAAAGGAUGUUAUCUUGGUCAAGAACUAACAGCUAGAACAUAUCACACCGGUGUAAUCCGAAAGCGUCUAAUGCCUUUGUACUUGGAAAAUGAACUACCUGCAACAAAUGUUAAUGAUGAGGCUAUAAAUAUAUCUAAUGAAGCAAAAACACCAGUCGGUAAACUUCGAGGAGUAGAUGGUACUAAUGGAUUGGCAUUGCUUCGGAUAGCUCCAGCACUUGCAGCUGAAAAAUUAGAUGUUAAUGGUGUAGUUAGUAAAACACAGAAGCCGGAGUGGUGGCCGAAGGAGGGAAAGACUAUAUGACAGAU